AUGAGCAACGAAAGUAAGUGUCCAGUGAUGGGACAUUCUCACGCGGGCACCAUAGCGAACCAACGCUGGUGGCCCAAUCAGUUGAACCUGAAGACACUCCACCAGAACGCACCCUCGUCCAAUCCUAUGGGCGAGGAUUUCAAUUACGCCGAGGCGUUCAAGACACUUGACUUGGAUGCCCUGAAAGAGGACGUCGAUAAGGUGAUGACGACGUCGCAGGAGUGGUGGCCCGCCGACUACGGCCACUAUGGACCUCUCUUCAUUCGGAUGGCGUGGCACAGUGCAGGCACGUACCGCAUCGCCGACGGACGCGGCGGUGCAGCCUCCGGCACGAUGCGCUUCGCGCCCCUCAACAGUUGGCCCGACAACGCGAGCCUCGACAAGGCGCGCCGGUUGCUCUGGCCGAUUAAGCAGAAGUACGGCAGGAAGCUCUCGUGGGCGGACCUGAUGAUCUUCACCGGGAACUGUGCCAUAGAGUCGAUGGGUCUCAAGACGCUCGGGUUCGCCGGUGGGCGAGAGGACAUCUGGGAGCCCGAAGAAGACAUCUAUUGGGGACAGGAGACCACAUGGCUGGGUGACGAGCGUUACACCGGCGACAGGGAACUGGAGAAUCCUCUCGGUGCCGUUCAGAUGGGCUUAAUCUAUGUGAAUCCGCAGGGACCGAACGCUAACCCGGAUCCGGUCGCUGCAGCGAGAGACAUUAGAGAGACGUUCCGCGCAUGGCAAUGA